ACAACAGUGUGUCAGGAACACUUGCCCCGCCAUAUCUCCAGGGUCUAGGUCCUGCUCUGCAGUAUAUGACGAAAAGGAGCCCCACGUUAGAACGAGAGGAACAAUAAAACUCUCUACUUUCUCCGUUGAUUGCGCGAAAUUCCCGCUUGAUUUGCACUACUGUGGUGUCUCUUGCUACUGAUUGCGCUGCUGUAGACUUCUCAUUGGGUCUGUUCCCAGUUGAACCAGCUCGCCUCACUCUGAGGGAGAGCUCCUUCUAGCAAGAUGUCCGACGGACCGUUGUAUCUGGGGCUCGACCUCUCCACUCAGCAGCUCAAAGCGAUCGUGGUCCAAUCCGAUCUCACCGUCGUUUCCGACGCCAAGGUCGACUUCGACCAAGACUUUGGGUCCAAAUACAACAUCAAGAAAGGCGUGCUCCUGAACGAAGAUGAAGGGGAGGUGUUCGCCCCUGUAGCCAUGUGGCUCGAGGCCCUCGACCUGGUACUACAGCGCCUUCGGGAGAAGGACACACCGCUGCGCCGAAUCCGAGGCAUCAGCGGCUCCUGCCAGCAGCACGGAAGCGUAUACUGGAGCCGUGAGGCCGAGCAGCUACUCAAGAACCUGAAUUCGCGCAAGCCGCUGGUCGACCAGCUAACAGGCGCCUUCUCCCAUCCCUUUGCGCCCAACUGGCAAGACCACAGCACUCAGCAAGAAUGCGACCAGUUCGACGCCAAGCUGGGUUCAGCGGCGCGCUUGGCCGAGGUAACAGGGAGCGCUGCACACCACCGCUUCACCGGCACGCAGAUAAUGCGACUCCGGCGCAAGCUCCCCGACAUGUACGCCGCGACGUCGCGGAUAUCGCUCGUCUCGUCCUUCCUCGCCUCCCUCUUUCUGGGCGCCGUCGCGCCAAUGGACAUCAGCGACGCCUGCGGCAUGAACCUCUGGGACAUAGCCGGCAACACCUGGUCGGAGCCGCUCCUGGAGCUGACGGCGGGCAAGGACGGCGUGGACGAGCUGCGCAGCAAGCUGGGCGAGGUGCGGCAGGACGGGGGCGGGAGCAUGGGCCGCAUAAGCGACUACUUCGUCUUCAGGUACGGCUUCGACCGGGACUGCGAGGUCGCGCCCUUCACGGGCGACAACCCGGCCACCAUCCUGGCGCUGCCGCUCCGCCCGCUCGACGCCAUCGUCAGCCUGGGCACCAGCACCACAUUCCUCAUGAGCACGCCCGUGUACAAGCCCGACCCGAGCUACCACUUCUUCAACCACCCGACCACGCCGGGCCAGUACAUGUUUAUGCUGUGCUACAAGAACGGCGGGCUGGCCCGCGAGAAGGUACGCGACGCGCUGCCCAAGCCCGCCGACGGCGACGCUUGGGCAACGUUCAACAAGCACGCCCUGGCCACGCCGCCUCUCGACGUCAGGCCCGAGUCCUCCGACGACAGGGCCAAACUCGGCCUGUACUUCUACCUCCCGGAAAUCGUGCCCAACAUCCGCGCUGGCACAUGGCGGUAUACGUGCUCGGCCGCCGACGGCGGGGAUCUGCAAGAAGUCGACACAUGGCCGGCUGAGACGGACGCGCGCAUCAUCAUCGAGUCGCAGGCCCUCUCAAUGCGUCUGCGCAGCCAGAAGCUGGUGAACAGCCCCGGCGAGGGGCUCCCCGCCCAGCCCCGACGCAUCUACCUGGUCGGCGGCGGCUCGCUGAACCCGGCCAUUGCGCGCGCCAUUGGCGACGUGCUGGGCGGCGCCGACGGGGUGUACAAGCUCGACGUGGGCGGCAACGCCUGCGCGCUGGGCGGCGCGUACAAAGCUGUGUGGGCGUUUGAGCGGGCAGAGGGAGAGACGUUUGAUGAGCUGAUCGGCAAGCGGUGGAAGGAGGAAGGGGCCAUCCAGAAGGUUGACGAGGGGUAUAAGAAGGGGGUAUUUGAGAAGUAUGGAAAGGUGCUGGGGGCGUUUGAGGAGAUGGAGGAGAGGAUUCUGAAGGUGGCUAGGAAUACUUGAGUAACCAAAAGGAAAAGAGGUGGAGGGAUACAAUCCAACGCUCCAAUAUACAAUAUAAUGCCUACCAGAGGAUGGCUCUUCGGCUCGGCCCGCUGCAACAAGCGCGUGGUGUAACACUCCCCCGUUAUCUCUUGUCUUGCAUU